ACAGGAACAACAGAGGGGAUAACUUAUUCAGAAAGUGAAGAAUGAUUAUUUGUAGCUGACACUGCUACAGGUAUAAUCUGCUAACUACAAGUGAUGUUUUGACAAAUGUGCACUUAUAAAUGCAACCCUGCUAUGACGAGCAAGAUAUGCAUUCAUUGCCAUCCUGUCAGGAAGGAGAGUUGUUAAACAGAAAGGAUUGUGACUGACUUAUGCAGAGCCACAGCAUUCACAGCACUUACACACACAUCCACUGUGAGAAACUGACUGAACAGCACCCGGUAACGUAUCAGUACAGGCAAAUACCUUUAGUGAUGGUGUAAUGUUAAUAACUGGGAACCUCAUGAGUUAAUCAGGCUGGAGAUAAGUCCAUUUGAAAAAGGAAGGGUUAACUCACAAAGGAGUUGAGAGGCAGCACUACAUAAUUUGGUUAGCAAGCACAACAGCAUUGAAGAUUUGAAUAUGAACUGCUAUGGUCUACCACUUUCAAGGAAUGUACAACAGCUAUGGGGUCCUUGAAUUACUCAAAACAGCAGAAGCGGCCAGUUGAUAAGAAACAAACAACACUUGAACAUAGAAAAGACAAAAAUACUGUUAAUGAAGCUUAAGCCUGAGGAGGGAAGUUUUUACCUUGCAGGAAUCUUGCUACAUGAGAUGAUAAUGUUAUCAAUAUGAAGUGGCGUGUACCAACACUAACGCAGCAGUUUGUGGAUCAAAACGUUUUUCUGACUGUGGCUAAUCUAUUAAUCAGUAGUACCAUUCUGUUGUGCUCACUUUAAUUAUAACAGCUAUGAGCAAUAGCUCUAAUUCAUGUUUCAUAUUUCAUGACAUUGACCAAGUUUUGUUUCCUUCGAUCUAUAUCACUGUCUUUAUACUAAGUCUCCCUGCUAACAUCAUUUCACUCUAUGUAGCUUGGUUACAAGUAAAAAAAGAGAAUGAACUUGGUAUCUACCUCUUCAGCUUGUCAUUAGCUGAUGUGCUGUAUACCCUAACACUACCAUUGUGGAUUGACUUUGCCUUCUGUCAUAACAACUGGAGACAUGGUCUUUUCUUAUGUACAACAAGCAGCUUCCUAAUGUACACUAAUUUCUAUUCCAGUGCUAUGUUCCUCAGCUGUAUUUCAUUUGAUCGCUAUCUGGCUUUUGUUUACCCUUUGAGAUUUUGCAAUCUUCGUACAAGAAAAACUGCUGUAAUUGUCAGUGUUGCUAUUUGGACAAUCCAGAUCGCAUCUAAUAGUAUAAUUCUGUGGAAUGUAAAAGUGGUAGAAAAUGUUGAUGGGAAACAAAAUGUAACAGAUGAGAUCUGUUAUGAUACAUUCCCUCUGCAGUGUUGGCAGGCCCAUUUAAACCUGGUAAGAAUUAUUCUAGGGUAUUGUCUACCACUGAUUAUUAUGACAUUCUGCAACAUAUGUAUAUACAUAGCUAUCAAAAACAACCAGGCUACACAGGACCAUGAAAAAAAGAAAAUUAGACAACUGUUGCUAAGUAUUGUUGUCACAUUUUUCCUUUGUUUCACUCCUUUUCAUGUUGUUCUGUUUAUCCGAAGCAUCCUAGAAGUAAGUAACUGUGAUGUUGCCAGGAUGAUGUUCACACCUUACAAGAUUACUUUAGCCUUGACAAGUCUGAACUGUAUUGCUGACCCAAUUCUGUACAGUUUUGUCAGUGAGAUAGCCAGAUCUGAUAUCAGAAAAGCUUUUCUGCCCCAUCACAGAACAGCACAAUACAAGAAGCCAGCCACAGAUCAAACGGCAAUGGCAACAUUUAGGAAUUACACUGAAAUGGAGUUUGUAAACAAUUCCUCCUAGCUAGGCCUCACCAGACUGUCAUGUUGCAGGGACUUUUUAUAUUCAUGUACAAUUUCAUAAAAAAGUGUGUUAUCAUGUUGCUAUAAUUCUUACAUUUUUCUGGUUUAUUCAACUUGAAGGCAAAUAUAUCCCACUGUGCUGAAUUUAGGAAUAUUACCCCCAUUUCAAUUGCAUUUAAGUCAAAUGAUUUUAAAAUUACUCAAGAUACUGGUUUACUGAAGGUCCCUAUUCUAUGUAAAAGUAUGCCACAGAUGUCACAAAGAUUCUGCAAAGAUUUGUAUGGUUUCAUGUUAUUUGAGAGGCUCUCUUCACUUCUUCUUCUUUCGGCCUUUUCCCAGUUAGGGGUCAUCACAGCGGAUCAUCUGUCCACUCAUGAUUGGCAGCGGAGUUUUUAUGGUGUUGAGCUGCCAGC